AUGGCCGAGAACGCCGAUGGACCGAGGCAGUAUGGCUCCUGUCAGAGAUGGCGAACCUCGACUUGCCAAAAGGUCACAAUGCUCGUUGGGCGUACUGCGCAGCACUGGAUGGCAUUCCGAGCAGUCGACCGCCAGAUUUUUCCGCAGUUUGCCGAGAUGGCACAGGCGGGUGGCGUGUUACAAGGUUCUGAGACCUUCUCUGCAGCCCAGCACCUGUGGAACCUGACCCGCUUGGAGAAGGCUCUGCCGGUUUGCUCGAAGCUGGGUUCGAAACGAUUGCGCGACGAAGGGGCCCUCUGGAAUCUCCCAAGUGGUUGGACCUACGACAAAGACUGGCAACCCCGAUGGAACAGCAAGGGCAUCACUCGCAGCAAGAAGUUUGUUGCUCUCUUCCGGCACUGCGUAGAUUCGAUUUCGGCCCUGGGAGGCCAAGAGCUUCCCUGGUGGAGCGGACAUGCAGUCGAAGAGGAAGAGCAGAUGCUUCAGGACCUGAGCAGGGGUCUGCCUCGAGGCGGUCGUGUAGCGCCGGGUCUGCUGGAGGCCAUGGUGCCCACCCUGCCGGCGCCAACCGAGGUCGUGGCCCGGCAGCUGCCUUCGGUCCUGGGAGCGCGAGAAGGGCUAACAGCCCUGCUGCGCUGGCGCGUGGCACUUCGCAGGGUAGCCGAAGCUGCCCCGACGCCGCAAUUCGCUGUGGAGCGCCUGGAGGGGAGGUUGCUGCGGCUUCUCUCCCUGUGGCUGAACGAAGGCUUUCUUUGCUGUUCCGAAGUAUCGGAAGUGCAGCCGGAUGAGGUCCGACUCACGGCUGCAGCGGCAGCGACGGGAGAUCGCCCCGAAGGCGUCCAACGAUGCUUCGCACUGCAGAUGCCACAGAUGGGCAAGGCUGGGCUCAUAGGACCGCCACUGCUGGCGCUACACGCUGCCAUGCAGCCUUCGCCUGAUGGUGGGCAACGUGCCCUUAUCUGGUCUUUAAGCUUCUGCGGCGAGGUCGUCCCGCCAGGGUCGCUCCGCGGAUUCGGCCUGGGUCAGACUUUGAGGCGUGCUGCCACGGCCCAGCUCCUGGCAGAAGGGGCCACUGAAGUUGCUGCGGCCGUUCCACUGAAAAGCUUCCGCACCUGGCUGCGGAGAGCUCAGCCUUGGCGCCAGCGCGGACUGCCCGGUGAGGUGCAGGCGCAACUGGACAAGGCGACCUCAGGCGCCGCCGUGCCAGAACUCUCGUUCCGGGAUGCCGCUGGCGACGACGUGUCUUUCCGCCUCUCGCGCGAGCGCCUAAUGGAGGUGUCUUUUAACGGCCAAAGCGCCCAGACCGUCCGGCGGCUGAAGUUCCUGGAGAGUGCUGUCUUGGUGUUGCUGGAGACCGGCGGCAUGCAGAUUGACCUGCCCAAGGAGGCGGAGAAGCCAGUCGACUUGGCUCUGCUGAAAGAUCUAGCCUUGGCUGCAGGGCACAUCGGCUCCGAGCUCCGGGAGCCGCUUCUGAACUUCGCCUUCGAGUAUCUCUGCUUUCCGGGCGAGGGGCGGGCCUCCGAUCCACUCGUUCACUUCCACCUGCUUGGCGGUGGUGACUUUGCCUCGCUGGGCUUCGCUGCCACCGAAUCCCCGAUGGCCCUGGCGGAAAGCUUCGGAAUCUUCGCCACUUUCCGCUACCACGGUGCCCAGGAUGAGGCUCGGCGAGCCGCCAACUACGCCGAGCGAGGAGUUCGGGCGCUUUUGGAGGGACCUACGAUGAAGACCCAUCGUUUCCAAGUCCGCGUGGGACGUGCCAUGGAGAAAGAUCAAAGUGCGGAGUUCCCGGCAAAAUGCCUUGUCAUCUGGUCUUCCACUCCGAAAGUGAAGGACCUCGUUUCGAACUCGCGUUCCAUGAACGACUGGGCUAUCAAUGGUUGUGCGGCGGAACUGUACGCUUUUCUCUUCCGGGAUUGGUGGUGCCACGCCCAUUUCGCAUGGAGAUAUCCGAGCUGCAAAGACGCGCUGCAAGAUGCCAUUGUACAGAUGGCGGUCGUUCCCGGAUUGCAGGAUGCAUUCCUGAUUCCAAAACAUUUCACAAAGGGUGGGCUCUUUUCCACUUGUUCCUUGGUGCUCUUGGAUGCCGCCGCAGCAGAAGAAGUUGGUGCAACAGCAUGCUCGAAAAUGGGCUUCAACAUGGGAGAUUGUAUGGGAGCAGCAGCGUCUCCCUCAUGCCCGGUGCAGCUAGAGAAGUUAGCGGUCCCCACUCUGGUCGACACGGGUGACUUGAAGGCCUCCGACGUUCCUACUGGUGUGGAGGUUCUCAGCCCAUGCCGCGACGACCGCUUGGAAUCGCUUGCUGCGACAUUACAACCACGCCUCUCCCGCCAGGGAGUUCCACCGGAAGAAGCCAAGGCAUGGUUGUCCAAAGCGCCACUGUACUACGCCGCAACGCUGCUACACGCUGGAGCGGCGGACUGUGUGGUAGCAGGUUCGAUCGCAUCCACUGCGGACGUUCUGCGUGCUGCCAUCCAUGUCAUCGGACCGCAGGAGGGCCUGCGCACCGUGUCCACGACGAUGCUAAUGGUGUUUGCGGACAAGGUGCUGUCCUUUGCCGACUGUGCAGCUGUGCAGAACCCCUCCGCCGAACAGCUUGCCGACAUUGCUGUAGCAACAGCAGAGUGCCAUCGGAAGCUUGUCGGCGAAGAUCCACGUGUGGCCCUCCUUUCGCACUCCACGAAAGGAUCUGCCAGCCACGAAGAUGUACAGAAGGUGAUUGAGGCGGGUCAAAUCCUUCGGCAGAGAAGGGUGUCAUUCCAGUUCGAGGACGAGCUACAGGCAGACGCGGCACUGGUUCCGAGCAUAGGCCAGAAGAAAGCGCCGGAGUCUCCGGUGGCCGGCGACUGCAACGUGCUGGUGUUUCCGGACCUGGACGCAGGCAACAUCGCCUACAAGCUUGUGGAGCGUUUGGGAGGGGCGCAGGCCGUUGGACCGCUUGUGCAGGGCCUCCGAGCCCCGUACAUGGAUCUCUCGCGUGGCUGCUCCGUGGAGGACAUCGUCAAUGUGGCAUGCGCAGCAGCACUGCUUGCGGAAUAA